AGCCUCCAUCCCUCCCUCGUCCAUCCCGCCGUUUACACGUUCCUGGCCGAGGAUGGAGGCACUAUCAUGACCGCUGACGUCAGCGUGGUGCUGCCGUGUGCGUACGAGUACGAGUACGCCGCGCGGACAGUCAGGUCUGUGUCGGCGGCGACGCCGCCCGAAAUCUUGCGCGAGAUAGUCGUGGUCGACGACGGCAGCACGCCUCCGCUUCGCAUCCCCGAGCCGGCGCGGUGGAAGGCCUUCGUGGUUCGCCUCGAGAAGACGGGCGGCCUGAUUCGCGCGCGGAUCGCCGGCGCUGCGGCGGCGACGGGCGCCGUCAUCAUCUUCUUUGACUGCCACGUCAGGCCGAUGGACGGGUACUGGCGCGGGCUACUCGCGCCGAUCGAGGCAGACUACCGCGUCGCCACUGUCCCGACCGUCACCAGGCUGGAUGCGGCGACGUGGCAGCCCGUCGGCAGCCCCACGAGAGGAGGCGCAAAGUGCUACCUCACCUUUGACGCCGAUUUCAAGUGGACGUUCGACGCGACGGACGACGUGCCCAUCAUGAGCGGCGGGUUGCUCGCCAUCAGUCGCCGCUGGUGGAACGAGACGGGCGGCUAUGACAGCUCAAUGCUCGGGUGGGGCGGCGAAAACAUCGACCUCUCCCUGCGCAUCUGGCGCUGCGGCGGAGCCAUCAAGGCCGCCAAGGAAUCGUACGUCGCGCACAUGUAUCGGGAGCAGGGCAAGCCCAAGACGGCGGCCCGCUUCCGCGUCCCGAAGGGUGCGCCGACGCGGAACCGCGCCACGUCCGCCCGCGCGCACUUUGGGCGGCUGUGGGCCAAGACGGCGGCGUUCCCGCUCUUUGAAGCGCACCGUCUCGCGCCACCCGACACGUCAAACAUCGAGCGGUGGGCUCUGGCGUCGCUGCGCUGCCAAUCUUUCGAGUGGUACCUGCGCCGCUUCGAGUACAUCUACCGCGACGCGGGCGUGCUGCCCGGCUCCAUCUUCCAGCUCGAGGGCGGCGGCCGCACAUGCCUGUCGUCGACGACGGCCGAGCCGGUCCGCGGGAUGGGGCAAGCCUACCCGGAGGCACUACGGGCGCUCCCCUGCAAUGCGACUGACCCGCGGCAGUGGUGGCACGAGUCGAACCGCAACGAGACGGGCCGCUGCUGCUCUGGGCUGCGCCUCUGGAAUG